AAUAUUUCUUUGUGAAAAUAAAAUAGCAGAAAUUAUAUCAACAAAAUUCAAAUCAUAACUUGGUUAAACUAUAAGUUUCGAGGUUUGAUAAACUAUUAGAAAUAUCAAGGAAUUAAACCAUUUAGAUGGUCAUGAAUCAAACUAACAUCGUUUCACUGUUACGUUAACUAAAAUAUCUAAAAAUGAUUGAUAUAAAAAACAAAGUGAAUUCUUUUUUCAUAUUUAACUCUACGUUCGGGCCAAAGGAGGGUGAUGAACUAAAACGUAUAUUAUUUUAUCACCCCAGUCAAGUAACCCAAGAUGCUCGAAAAAUACAAGUCGGACUAUGUGAAGCAGUGGUUAAAUUUAUGACGACUUUUUCAACAGAACCAUGUGAAGCCCUACAAACACAAAGUAAGAGGUACAUAUUUUACCAACCGGAGAAAGACUAUUGGAUGGUUCUGGUGGUAAGAAUACCUUAUGCAACAAAAGCUGCUACAACAAGCAAUGAAAAGAAAGAAGUAAUUGAACCUUCAGUUAUGCAGGACUUUCUCAUGUCAGCAUACAAAAUGUUUAGAAUGUUUAUUGGGCCCAUGAAAGACAUUCCUACUGAAGAUAUUUAUAACAACUGUGAACAAUUCUUCACUCCUUAUAUAAUGUCAAGAAGUAUAGCAAACGAUAUAAACAAUGUUAUACAAGGAAUAAGCUACUUGCCACUCGAGAAAAAUUCUUUUUUCAGAGUAGUAUGCUUUAUAGAUCUGCUAGAAAUAAAUUACCCGGACUUUAAAUGUGUCUCAUUUGUGUACAAUGAUAAACUCAUUUGGAAUGGUCUAACUACAGAUGAUAUGCUGACACUGUACCAGUAUUUAGUUCAAACAUUACUUCCAAAGCAAGUUGAAAAGGAGAUCCAAGGAGGCGCUGUAACAGCUGCUCAAAGACACGGUCGUUUUAUAAGCCCUCCAGAAGGAAUUCGCAAUGCUGACGAUCUGCAAAAGCUUCACAAAGUAUACCUUAUGAGGGAAGAAGACACAGAAACAAAACAGUACUAUCUUGUUAUCUAUAGAACACUAAGUGCUACUGUUUGUUUCACUGUUGACGUGACCACAAACUUGAGCAUAGACACAUUCAGGUCACUAGAUGCAUUCAUUGGACCACAGUUGUCUACAAUAGCAUCAUCAAUAAGUGAACAGUGUGCGCUCCAUGCACUGCAAAGUACACAAUUGUCAAACACGGACCACAGCUUUAUAUACUUUAAUAGACUUAACUUGGCUUAUAAAACUUCAGCUCCAAGCAGUUCAUUAACACCAUCAACAGCAAUAAAACCCGAAGUUUUAAGUAUCAUAGCUGGUAUACACUCUGAUAGAAAAAGUCUCGGAAAUUAUGGUGAAAUUAUUAUCAAAACACCAGAUGAGUAUUGGGUCACUGGUAAAUCUUCAAAUGAUAGAGAAUUUUAUGUAAUCAUUCAAGAGAAAAAUGCUAAUUUAAAAGAUAUUGCAGAUGAGGUAAGAAGAAUAUGUGAAGAUCAAAUGAAAGGCAUUUUUUUCUAUCCCAUGUGAGAAAUAUCAAUCGGCACAUAUCAAUGAAAUUGUUAGUUGUGUUAGUGUGUUAUUUAAAAAAAUCAAACAACACGUUAUUUACAUUUUAGAAAUAAAACUGCUGCUUUUUAGGGACAACAUGUGUUAUAUUCUUUGAUUAAUAAUAAAUUAUAUUUAAUAGAUUUAUCUUAUUUACAUAUUAUUAUUAUAGUUACAGUUAAAUUAUAUAAGCCUAAUAAUAAAUGAAUGCUAAUCUGUUGA